UUUCAGGUCCACGCGUUCAAUGCACGAGAUUUGGGCAAGUUUUAUGUGCGCGGCUACGAGGUGGCACUACAAGCCACCUACAACAGCAACACCUACCCCGUGUCUGGCUUCUCGUCGACCACCUAUGGAGACAUCUCGACUGUUGUGACAUUUGAAGACAACACCUAUGCACCAAACGGCCCCUACCCCUAUGCUGGCACCAGCACUAUGAUCAGGGUCCCUGCACCUUCCGGCGUUAAGGUCAAACGCUAUUUAUCUAGCUCAGUCACACAAGAAUACAUCUUUCAGGUUAACGACUGUGGGUUCAAGCUGACCUUCAUACCAUACGACACGGUGUUGAGAAUCAACUCUCCCAGAACCCCUGGCAUUUCCCUCAACAUCGACAAUGAUUUUAAUCCUGUCUGGAUGUCUGGCUCGCAGGUCCUGGCCCUGGCGCCAGUGAGCGCGGGGGGUCAGCUAGUGUCAGAGAUCCAGGACAUGUACCCCUACCUGUGUCCGGCUAACGCCAUGUUGCACCGCGCAUUCACCAGAAGUGUGCUACAGAACCACCCUGGUGCCAGCAUGCGAUGUGGUGCGGUCAGUUCCAGCCUUUCCUCCUGUAACCAGACAGAACUGGACACGCUCUACGACCUGAGUUCCUACAUCUUUGGCGACUACACCCAGUUUACCCGCUGUAUAUCUGGCAGCGACCCGGCAUCAGAUAACGUGCUACACCUCUUCCAGCUACACGCCAAUUUUUUCUGCGACCAAAUGUGUGUCAAGGCACAGAUACAGGCCAUCGUGGGUACCUGCCCCGCCCCUCCUGAGUACACAAACGUGCUGAACUUGUUGACCUGCUAGCGCCCCUGACCUUUGACCCUCUGACCCGCUGACUCUGGUAUCCGAAGGAUUGCCUUGAAAACUUUUCUUGAUUGGAGAAAAAAAAAAGAAUUGAAA